ACUAGUCUCAGGAAGCCAGCCAGCCAGCCUACUAUCAACACCGUUGGACGGGCGAUGGCGAUGCCGGAGGUGGUUGAGCUGAACGUCGGCGGCACCGGGUACGUGGUGAGCCUGAAGACGCUGCUGGCCGAGGACGGGUCCUGGUUCCAGGAAGCGUUCGGUGCCGGACCGGACACGGCAGCCCUGCUGCCCCACGACAGCCAGGGCCGCUACUUCAUCGACCGCGACGGUACCCUCUUUCGGCACGUGCUGGAGUACCUGCGGGGUCCGGCCGCCUAUGCGCUCCCGACCGGUGGUGUCCUGGAGCGCGAGCAGCUACGCCGGGAGGCCGAGCACUUCCGGCUGGCCGGGCUGCUCGAGCUGCUGACCAAGUCCGGGCCGGGCUGCAUCACCGUCGGGUACCGGGGCAGCUUCCAGUUUGGCCGGGACGGGCUGGCCGACGUGAAGUUCCGCAAGAUCACGCGCCUCCUGGUGCACGGCCGGGUCGCGCUCUGCCGGGAGGUGUUCGGGGACACGCUGAACGAGUCGCGCGACCCGGACCACGGUGCGCCCGACCGCUACACGGCCCGCUUCUUCCUCAAGCACGUGUUCAUCGAGCAAGCGUUCGACAUGCUGCAGGAGCAGGGCUUCCGGAUGGUCGGCAGCUGCGGCUCCGGGACGGCCGGCUCGGUGAGCGAAAACCUGAAACCAGGCGUCGACACGGAGGAGAACCGUUGGAAUCACUACAACGAGUUCGUGUUCAUGCGCGACUAA